AUGUCGUACGGCACAAUCAAGACCCCGACUCCGGCAUCAAAUACUCCGGAAGCCUCCCCCCUUCUUGCCGCCAAUGGGAACCCUGCGGCGUCCGAUGACGCCUUAUCAGGCCCUGAGACAAGCCAACAGGAGUCUCAGAAUGAUAACAACCUGUGGGUAACUCUCAAGUCGAUCUACAACAACAACAUUGGGCUUUUCCUCGUCUUUUUGGCACAAAUGUUUGGGUCUAUUAUGACCAUGACAACGCGAUUGUUGGAAACAGGCUUUGAAACAAAGUAUCAUGCCUUGCAAGUCAUCUUCGUGCGCAUGCUUGCCACUGCAGUCGCCGGAUCUCUAGGCAUGUGGUACAAGAAAGUUCCUGGCUUCCCCUUUGGCCCACGGGAGGUCAGGGGAUUGUUGGCUUUACGAGGCUUUGCCGGAACUGCCGGGUUGAUUGGCCUAUACUAUUCGCUAUCGUACCUGGCCAUCUCUGACGCAACCGUCAUCACUUUCCUUGUCCCUACAAUGACGGCAUUCAUCUCUUGGGUCGCGUUACAUGAACCCUUCACUGUCAAGGAAGCUGCUGCCGGCUUCAUCGCCUUCACAGGCGUGCUCUUCGUCGCCCGGCCAGCCUUCUUAUUUCCCGAAGGCCCCAAUGCAUCGGCAUUGUCUGCUGGUGUAGAAUUCAUGGUUCCCGGUGUAACCGUUCAAGGGGGCAUCCUUCCACCGCCAGAGGUGACGCCCACUGAGCGUGCAAUCGCCAUCAUGUGCUCCAUCUUUGGUUCUUUUGCAGCGGCAACAGCAUACAGCACAAUCCGCGCGAUUGGGAAGCGAGCGCACUCUCUCGUGAGCGUCAACUACUUUGCCACUCUGGCGACUGUUAGCUCGUUCCUCAUCAUCAUGAUCCAUCCUAAUCUCCAAUUCGAGAUCCCCAAAAGCACCAUCGAGUGGGUUCUCCUCCUUUCCAUCGGAGUCUCGGGUUUCUUGCUUCAGGUCCUUUUGACAGAAGGGCUGCAGAGGGAAAAGGCUGGCAGAGCCACAAAUCUCAUCUACGUUCAAAUGGUCUUUGCACUCAUCAUUGAGCGCGUCGUCUGGGGAACCACACCUCCCGUAACGAGCUUUGUCGGCAGUGCCCUGAUCAUUGGGGCUGCCAUUUGGGUAACGUUACAGAAUAAAGCGCCUGUGGAGCAAACGAGGCUACUAGACGAAGAAAGGAGACCCUGA